CCCCCUCUUCUCUUUCUCUCUCUAAAACCAAAAAAAAAACAAAACAAAAGCAAGAAACAAACAAUUAGCCAUGCCUGAGGCUCCAAAGACCUCGUCCAAAUUACCUGAAAACUACAACUACAAUCUACAAGAGAAGAACGCCAAGGCCCUGGAGUUCAUAGAAGACGUGACGGCAAACGCUGAUGAAGUCCAAAAGCGUGUCCUCGCUGAGAUCCUCUCAAGCAAUGCCAACGUUGAGUACUUGAAGCGUCACGGCCUUAACGGCCACACUGACCGUGACACCUUCAAGAAGCUCAUUCCCGUGAUCACCUACGAAGAUAUCCAACCAGAUAUCGACCGUAUAGCGAAGGGUGACACCUCACAAAUCCUCUGCUCCAAGCCUAUUUCCGAGUUUUUGACUAGCUCUGGGACAUCAGGAGGUGAGAGAAAAUUGAUGCCAACAAUUGAGGAAGAAAUGGGGAGGAGAUCACUGCUCUAUAGCCUAUUAAUGCCGGUGAUGAGCCAAUUUGUCCCUGGCUUAGAGAAAGGCAAAGGAAUGUACUUUUUGUUCAUAAAAUCCGAGGCCAAAACACCUGGAGGCCUGGUGGCUCGUCCGGUCCUAACUGCCUAUUACAAAAGUAGCCACUUCAGGGACAGACCCUAUGACCCUUACACAAACUACACAAGCCCAAAUGAGGCCAUUCUCUGCCCUGACUCGUACCAAAGCAUGUACUCCCAACUCCUCUGCGGCCUUUGCCAAAACAAGGAAGUCCUCCGGGUCGGGGCGGUUUUCGCCUCCGGUUUUAUCCGCGCGAUCCGGUUCCUCGAAAAGCACUGGCGCGUCCUUUGCAACGACAUCCGGACCGGGACCCUCAACCCUCAAAUAACCGACCCUGCGGUUCGCGAUGCGGUCGGGAAAAUCCUCCAACCCGACCCUAAGCUGGCCGAUUUUAUAGAGUCGGAGUGCUCGAAGGAGUCGUGGCAGGGGAUCAUAACCAGGCUGUGGCCUAACACAAAAUAUGUGGAUGUCAUUGUGACCGGGACAAUGUCACAGUAUAUCCCGACGCUUGAUUACUACAGCAAUGGGCUCCCUCUGGUCUGCACCAUGUACGCUUCUUCGGAGUGCUAUUUUGGUGUCAAUCUUAACCCUCUCUACAAGCCCAGCGAGGUUUCCUACACCCUCAUCCCCACCAUGGCCUACUUUGAAUUCCUGCCUGUCAACAGAUCAAACAAUUCCAUCAAUGGGGUCACCAACAAUUCUAAGGAACAUCUCGAGCCCGUCAAUUUGGCUGAUGUCAAGCUUGGCCAGGAAUAUGAACUCGUUGUCACAACCUAUGCUGGACUUUACCGGUAUAGAGUUGGAGAUGUGCUAAGAGUGGCAGGGUUCAAGAACAAAGCGCCACAAUUCAGCUUCAUAUGCCGAAAAAAUGUGGUCCUGAGCAUAGACUCCGACAAGACCGACGAAGUCGAGCUCCAAAACGCCGUCAAGAACGCCGUCAACCACUUGGUUCCUUUCGACGCCAAUGUCUCCGAAUACACGAGCUAUGCCAACACCACAACGAUCCCGGGCCACUAUGUGCUCUACUGGGAGAUGAGUCUCAAGGGCUCAACUCCAAUUCCUCCUUCAGUGUUUGAGGAUUGUUGUUUGACGAUUGAAGAGUCACUUAACAGCGUUUAUCGCCAAGGACGUGUGUCGGACAAAUCGAUCGGGCCAUUGGAAAUCAAGAUUGUUGAGGCUGGGACGUUUGAUAAGCUUAUGGAUUAUGCCAUAAGCCUAGGUGCGUCAAUUAAUCAGUACAAGACCCCACGGUGUGUGAAAUUUGCACCCAUUGUUGAGCUCUUGAACUCAAGGGUUGUGACCGAAUAUUUCAGUCCCAAGUGCCCAAAAUGGGUUCCGGGGCACAAAAAGUGGUGCAACCAUGAUUGAAAACUCGGAAAGGGGUAAAAAUGAGAAGAAAAAUAUUGAAUGCCGUCAUGAAUAUGUGGUAGGUUCUUGUGGUUCUAGAAAAAAAAAAGUUGAUCCUUUCAUGGAGGUGUAGAAGAACUGUUUUUGUGAUGAUCUUCUUAGGGAAGCCAAAAAAAAAAAAAAAAAAGGUUAAUCAUUUUAGGUUAACACCAAUGUUUUUCAUGUUCACCACCACCCCUCUUUAAUCUCCUUUUAAAAAAAAAAAAAAUUUAGCUGUUUGUUUAUUAUGCAUAGUGACUUUGAAUUAGUCCACCCCAUGUACAAAAACAGUUCCACUUUCAUGGAAGCUUUUCUUUUGCAGCUCUUUUUUUUUAAAAUUAUUUUUUUUAUAGUUUUUUGCCUUUUUAUAUUUUCUAUUAGUUUAGCUGUUCUUUUCUUGUAAUAAUAUCAUCACGUUUUAUGGGAA